AUGUCUUCUCACUCUACUUCUGCGUCUUCCACUGCCGCUGCCAACCAGGCUCUCAUAGCUCUUGUAGCCCGGCUCACUGAGAUGGUUGAAGACAUUAUCUGGUUGCCAUCGCAAGAGGAAAAAAUGGAGUUGAGCCGGAAGAUUGCUCGCGAAGUGAAUGACGCGAUUCGCGCCUAUGGGAAGGAGGCUUCCUAUGUCCCCCCUGGCCUGCUGUCACUUGCAGCAGAGAUCCUUCGCGCUCAGAGGCGCACCACACAAUUGGUGGAAAUACCAGAUUGGACCUGUCUUGGGCACAAUCAGGACAUGUGCAUGAAGCACCCAUUGUACAGUAAGACAUUGGGUGAUGUACCACCUAUUGCGCCUGCAGCUCCUGCAACUGCACCAGUGCCCCGGCACCUGUGCCACAUGUCAGCAUUCGCAUGCCCAGACAUGCAGCAUCCGGUGAGCCUGCACCGGCAGGGCCGUCGAAAACACGGAAACGUCGACCUCAGUACCAGCCCUCCUUUGCCUCGUGCCAACCGGUCCCAGAAGCCUGUCAUCAAGUCGAAGGAGAUCUUGUCCGACACUGACACUGACACUGAGAAGGUGAAGGGGAAGGGGAAGGCCAAGGCCAAGGCACCGGAAGUUGACGGCGAUGAGGAUGACGACUUCAUUGAUGUCGAUGAUCUUCCGGACGUCGAGCCCCAGAAAUCAACAUGCAAGGCUGUCAUCCCUGCAAAAAAGCCGGGCACACUGAAGGCAAGUCAGUUGGUUGUGAGUGAGGGCGAUGAAGAAGUAGAUGAAUUGGAGGAGGAUGAAGAGGCACAAGGCAGAUCAAAGGCAAGCCACUGUACGACCAGGGAAGCGACAAAAACUGGUAGGAUUUGCAUUCCAUCCAGUUCCAAGGGCAAGGGCACCAGCAGGAAAGCCAAGGUCCAAGAACAGCCCCCCACUGACGGUUCUCUGCCGCCUUGUGACAGAUGCCGGGCGAAGAAGGUGGAGUGUUGCCCCCGGUUGACGAAGAAAGGCGAUGUCGCCUCGACUUGCUCGUUGUGCCACCUCUGGAAGAUGGCAUGCAUCCGGACCAAUACAGCGAGCGCCACCAUUGCCCCCACCACCAACACUGCACCCCCUGUGGCCGCAGUCACCACUCACUCUAAGACGACCCGGUCCAAAGCCACCGGAAAAAAGAUGGGGCAGAAAAUCUAA